AUGCCGUCUGCUUCAAUCAUCUCGGCCUAUACGUUUACCAACGUAGGACCGCUCACCACUACAUUCACGCCGCCUGCCUCUUGCCAAAGCUCCUGGAAUGUCAAUAUUGCCCCGUCCAGCCUUCCAGAUGUCUGGCUAGCUCACGCCAGCUGUGACAUCAACACCGAAUAUUGGCGUUGCAGGCCAACGGGCACAAUCACUGAUUUGCCGUCUGGUACUUCGUACAACAAUAACCCGAGCCUUGUAUAUCAGGCGCAAUACUACUCCCCGGGUCUAUACUGUCCGUCAGGAUGGCACGAAGUUGGAGUUGCUUCGCGCGACGGAACUAAACCCGUUAACUGGACGGGGAUCUUUAGUCCCGCCACACCCCUUCCAACAACCAAUAACAUUUUCGCGCUCAACUUGCCCGCAAAUGUGCUGAUGCAGUUACUCGACCCAAGCGAAACAGCGGUCAUAUGCUGUCCUAGCUCUAUGACUGCAGACGAGAUAGUUGGCUGUUAUUCUACACUUAGUGACUAUAAGAUUUCGACGGGCUGUGUCCGCGUCUUUCCGAACGCUGAUAUAUCGACGGACACGAGUACGGAAAUCUGGGUCGACGGCGUCACGAUUGAAGGACAGCUAGAAACCCUCGUGUCAGACCUUCCCAUUACGCAAACCUUACAUGGCAGUUUCGCACCAAGCGAAACAUCUACCCUUGUUGGAGUGACAGCAGCUUAUCCCAUUACGCUUGUACACCAACCCACGGAUCUUGGCACAACUAAUGCGGCAGCAAGGCUUAAUUCACGAUCACCAACUUGGGAUGGACUUAGUGGCGUUCUUGGGGCGACUGUAGCAGCGAUAGCCCUAGGAGCAGCGAUUAUUUUGCCGUGGUAG